AUGCGGAGACAGAGCCUGGGUCGCUCCACACGUUCUGUGUGCCUGGUUCUGGCAUGUCUUUCCCUCGCUCUCCACCUCCUCCUGGCAUUUUUAUGUCUUUCCGUCCUCCAGACAGCCUGUGUCCUUCCCCCAUCAUCCUCCUCCUCCUCUUCUUCCUCGCCCUCCUCGUUCUCCAUUCCUGGGACAGAUGCCCAGCACCGUCAGUCCCACCAUAAAGGGAAAGCCUUCCUCAGUGACGUCACUGAGAAGGAAAACGAUCUGAUUGGAGCCAAGAUGGUUUACAAAGUGGUUCAAAAGGGCAAAGGUCAUUCCAAGCUGGAGGCUCUAUUCAAUCACCCGCUGUAUAACCUGCCACGCCCUGAGCUGCAAGAAGAUGACUGGCUGUUGAGGGUGAAGGGAGAUGAAGAUGACAGCGAUACAGAAAAUGAAGAGGAGGAGAGGGAAGAAGAAGACAGGGAAGAAAGCGCCACUAAUGACAGAGAAUGGCGCAGUGCCAGUGAGGAGGACGGCUAUGACAAAGCUGCAUGGACGAGUGACUCUGAAACCCACCCUCCCUGGCUGCGGUUCCACCUGGGCAUCUCUCGCUGGGAGCUGUACGACAGGAAGGACCCCAACCUGGCCGAGGUCACUCAUUAUCUGGCAACGCAACGCAUCCUCAAUGUCGUUCAGAAGACAGGAGGCACCCAGCUCAAACUGCUCAUGUCUUUCCCAAACUAUGGCCAGGCUCUGCUCAAACCCAUGAGACAGUCCAGAGAUGCAGAGACCGACGUCAACCUCUUCUACUUCUCAGAUUUUGAAAGACACAACGCUGAGAUCGCUGCCUUUCACCUUGACAGAUUGCUGGGUUUCAACAGGAUCCCUCCAGUGGUUGGUCGACUCAUCAAUAUGAGCACAGAGAUCAAAGAGAUCACCACCGACCGCAGGCUGUCUAGAACCUUCUUCACCUCUCCCGUUGGGAACAUGUGCUUCUACGGCCAGUGUGAGUACUACUGUUCAACAGAGCAUCCGGUGUGUGGUCGGCCUCAUGUGCUGGAGGUGUCCCUGGCCACCAUGCUGCCGGACCUCAGCCUCGCUCCACGCAGGUCCUGGAGGUCACCGUGGAGGCGAUCCUACAGUCGCACCAAACAGGCACAAUGGGAGAAGGACCCGGCCUACUGUGACACAGUGAAACAGACGCCUCCCUACAACCAGGGCUCCAGACUGGUGGACGUCAUAGACAUGGCUAUACUGGACUUCCUCAUGAGCAACAUGGACAGACAUCACUAUGAGACGUUUGAGAAGUUUGGGAACGAGACUUUCCUGCUGCAUCUUGACAACGGGCGAGCGUUUGGGCGUCACUCUCGGGAUGAGCCCAGUAUUCUAGCCCCCUUGCGACAGUGUUGCAGGAUCCGCCGCUCCACCCUGCUCCGUUUACAGCUCUUGUCCCACCCUGACUUCCGUCUGAGUGAUGUGAUGCGGGAGUCUCUGGCCCGGGACCCUCUGAAGAGAGUGGCCCCGCUCCUCUCCGAGCCACAUCUCUCUGCUCUGGACCGCCGCCUGGCAACCGUCCUACAGGUGGUGAGAGACUGCCAGGAUCACCAUGACGACAUCAUCUACAAUGACUUGGAGGCAGGGGCGUCGUAG